AUGGGAAGCGUGUGCUCAAAGUCAGCUAACAAGUCUGACGACACUUUCUCCCAGCCAGGCCGUGUGCUCGGAUCCUCGGCCGCUUCAGGAACACCUAACCAACCUGCCCGCGCAGCAGUCCCUGGUAACGUUGUAUCACAGGGUCCAGGCAGGACGCUUGGUGGUGCGUCUUCACCACAGGACACUGCUGAUGCCAGGGCCAAAGCCGCCGAGGCUGCUCAAAAACGCGCAGAGGCAUUGAACGCUUCCAGUAAAGGGAAGCUAGGAAGUCAGUUGGCUGCUCAGAAAGCUCGAACGCAAACACAAACUCUCGGUGCGGCCAGUCAGGCGGAAGUCGCAGCUAGAAAUGCGGACAGUGCCGCAGAAACCAGACAAUGGAAUUGA